AUGCAGCUCAACGCGCUCCUCAACACCAUCACAGCCAAGGUGGACCACGCCAGGGUCGUGCAGCAGGUCAAGAAGGCCGGGCAGCUGCCGCUGAUCCUGCCCUUCCUGAAGACCGUGCAGCAGCACAACAGCACCGCCGUCAACGAGGCCAUCAACGAGCUGUACGUGGAGGCGGAGAUGCACGCCGAGCUGCGCCAGUCGAUCGAGGACUUCGACAACUUCGACCAGAUCGCCCUGGCCCAGAAGAUGGAGAAGCACGAGCUCGCGGAGAUGCGCCGCAUCGCCGCCCUGGUGUACAAGAAGAACAAGAGGUACAAGCAGUCCAUUGACAUGUCGAAGAACGACGGCAUGUUCCGCGACGCCAUGGAGACGGCGCGCGACAGCGGCAACCAGGCGUAA